GAGCAAAUAGCUUUAUCGGUUAAAAUAGUUGUUCUCGGUAAAAUUUAGAAGAGUGCACAUUGUUAUUUUGGAGCUUGUUUAUUUACGUCAGCGCGGAUGGAUAAUGUAUUUUACAUAUCGAAAGGCCAUUUGUUGCAUAGUAAUGAGAUGAGAGCAGUACACACACACACACGCUCGUGAUAUACUGUGUGUGUAUAAUUGUGUGGAAAAUAAAUGGUACGUUCGAUUUCCGUGCUCGGAUGCAUGUCGAAGUCUUUGAAAAGGUGUGGAAUUUCACAUAAAAGCAUCGGUAAGCAUUGUUGUGCCAGCUGCAUGCAUAGUGCAUAUGCAUCUUAGAAAUUUAUGCUAUUAUUUCUGAGAUUUUUGCAGGAUGUCAUUUUUGUGUAGGUGCUAAAACAAGGAAGUGGUCGUUCUAGGGACUGUCGGUGUCGCACUCGGGGUAGUUUUUCAAGAUUUGUACAUUGAUUCAGUGCAUUGCAGCAUAUGGGUGUAUGUGUGUGUGUGUGUUCGUGAGUGAAUAGCCAGCAUGUGUGUAAUGAAUCAAUGCGAGGGCCGCCGAGCCAGAGCCGAGAGCAGCUGUGAACGCGCACGCGUCAGUCAGUGUGAUUGUUUUUGGCCAGUGCAGUUAGCGAGGGAGGAGGGGCACUUUCGGCCUGCCUUCCCCGACCCCGGCCCUGCUGCAGAGUCGCAGGCCGGAUCUAUCCUAAAACAAACUAGGUCCAGAUACUCCUGGCCGGACUUGAUUUCCUAUUCGAAUGACCAAUUAACCAUCUUAGAUUAUUAUAUAAGCCUACUUGCAGAUUGAAAGUGUUGUCACGAUGGCGACAGGGAGCCACCUUGCAGUCAAUCUGCAAGAGUUGGAGAUGCUAAAACGUGAGAUGCCUCAACAGAUCCCGGCAGGGGUGCAGCGGAGCACCUCUUUGGACAGCAUGCCACCCCCAGCCCAGCCAGCACCCGUGGCAAACAAUACCGAUCGCCUCCAGCAGCAGCCACAACAAUCCCUGGCUGGUAUACCAGAAUUACACAACUCCUUGUCAUCUCCUCCUCAAGCGUGCCCUGUACAAAGAAGCCGUAGUUUACCCCUCCUAGAUGCCAGCCAGGAAAUACCUGCUGAAAUUCUAGCACAACUGACUGAAAGAGAAAACGAACAGAUGGUAGUCACUGAUGUUGGACAGCACGCUCUUCAACGGCAACAGCAGCAGCAACAGCAAGAUGCACAAGAACCACAACCUGCACCUCAGCAACCACUCCAACAGCACAACCUUAACAGUAGAAUUAGCGAUAGCACAAGUACAUGCAACUCCAUUAGUAUCAGUAACAUUGUGUCCAACAGCAGUAAUGUGAAUAACGUACCAUUUUCAGACUAUAUGCAGGCAUCUCAGUAUAGACUUCUCACGCAAUCUCAGCUACAGCAAGCAACUCACCUACAGGAAAACUCGCAGCCCCUAAAUCUAAGCCAGACAGCGGAGGUUAGACAGAUUCUUAGUCAGGGCCUGCCCUCCCAUAUCCCUAGGGUUGCUAACUUUGGUGGACGUCACGUCCAAGUUGGAAGAGAUGAUCUUCCACUUGACUGGUCCAACUUCCAACAGGCAGCAAGAUACGGUAUUCGUCCAAGUGAGCCACGUCUAGGAUUUCCACCAGCUAUGCUGCCUCCUGCCAUUGGCCAAAUGCCUCCUACAUUUAAUCCAGCUUUUUCUGGAAGAGGGAUUGAUUCGUAUGGAGUAGGGGCAAGUGCUGAAGGUAUCCGUUAUAGCGUGCCAAGUGCUAUGAACCCCAAUCUUCAGAAGCCUCAUAUGCCAUUGUCAGUUUUUGCUCGGCAGCACGCCUUUAUUAAGGAAGAAGUUGGCCGUCAGUCUCCUAAGGAUGCAACUCGAUUGCUGCACGUCCCGAUGGACCAUGUUGAAAACAACAACGAUAAGUCUUCACCUAACAUCCAGGCUAUGUCAGAUGGCUCAACAAGUAACAUAGCUGAGAAAAACAUGAUGCCCUUGUCAGUGAGUGUAUCCGUCGCAUUUUCAGAACCUAGUCAGGACAGCCCCUCGUUCUCGCAACAGAGCAAUAGUCCUGCACUUCUUAAACCAGCAGCUGAUCAGACGCUCAGCAUGAUUAACUAUCAUGAGGAUCAUCUCCUGUCCGACACUGGGCUCAUGUCCAAUAGCCCGGUUCCUAGCUCGCUGGAUGAGAACUUUCUCAACAGCAACAUGAUCAUCAGCACCAACUCGGCUGCCAGAUUGAGUGAUGCGACCAAUCUGACAGGGCUUGAUUCUAACCCACCCAGUGUGAAGAUGGAAGGGUUUGACUUGUUUGAAGGCAGUGGGGAUGUUGAUGAACAGAACUAUAUCACCGAUUCCAUCUCACCUCAGUCUUUGAGUAUGGAAGACUCUAAUCAGGGACUACCUCAUGGCAUUCAACAAAGUCAUGGGAAUCCAAGGCCUCUCAGUCAGUCUAGUAUGUCUGCAGCUCAUGCUAGAGGUAAGCAAAAAUAAUAUAAUUAGUGAUGCUAAAAAAAAACAUGUAUCGAAACACAAUUUAAGAUAAUGAGUCAGUACAUGGCUGGGGUGACUAGUAUUAGUGUUAUCACAAUUCUGUUUGUUUGAAAAUCACUGGUUUUUAUUUCUUUUUUCUGCUUAAGAUGCAUUAUGCAUCUACAAUGUAAAAAUGAUAUAAUACAAGCACCCAUGUUUUACAAUUGUGAAUGGGUUCAUGAUUAAAGAUCUCUCAAUUUAAUUCAGUGCGAAAGAUGCACAUUUUUCAAAUAAGAGUGGAUAAAUGGUACCAUAAAUGAAUGACAACAUGCACCGUUUGUUUCAUGCAAUGACCGUUCUGGAGUAUACAAAUGAUGCACAAUUGAUAGUGAGUUACUGGUGAUGCUGUAAAAAUAUACUGGUGCAAAAAGCACUAAGGCAUUAGCCAAAUGGUCUUGUACAACAAGUGUUGUAAAUAUUUUGGAUGCCUGCAUCACCAAUAACUGUGUAAACCAACUGGUGCCUUUUUUGUUUUAUAAUACAGGUUGAAAAUGUGACAGCAGAAGAAUUGUGUAAAUGACCUCAAGAAAUGUAGAGUCAACAAGCCAUUUGCUUUCUUGCGCGAUCCACAUCACAUUUUAAGUCAGCUUUACAUGUAGUUGAAAUAAAUUUAUGUGUACAUGUAUGCACAUCAACCUUGUCCUUGCCAUACUUAUUAAGAAGGUUGGAAAGGGCUAAACACUGUCUGCUUUUCCGGAAAAAAAAUGUGAUGAUUUAAAAAAACUGACACUUGAUGUAUUUAAUCAUGUAAUUGAUUGUAGUAGAAUGAAUUGUAUUCAUUGUAUAUGUUUACAUAAAAUCUGUUAAUGAAAACAAAAAAUUGACAUGGAAUACCACGAAUAUGGUAUUGCAAUAACAUACCCUAUAUAUCUAUGAAAGGCGCAGAUUGAUCGUAGGCAGACAUUUUUUGUAACCAGAGGAUUUUUUCCCCAGCAAAGCUUGCUUUAUUCUCCAGAAUUCAUAAAGGGAAUUUGAAUCUGUCCAUAAAGGUGCAUGACUGGGCAAGGUUGAUGCAGUGUGCAGUCCCAGAAAUGUUUGAUAUUUCAUCAGUUUAGUCACGGUUGAGAGAGUGCUAUUGGGGGCACUCAAUUUGUGGCGGGAUCUAGCAUAAUGAGUGCAUCUGUAACGCAAGAUGUGCAUGGCUACUUCAGGAGCACAUCUUGUCUGCUCUCGUGUGCCUAGGGAAAGUCCAGGGUAAUAUUGAUCGGGAGAGUGGUGGAGAGAGAAAGUGAAGGGGAAGGAGACGGAGGGAGAGAGUGGUGGAAAGAGGUGGCAAAGGGG